UGACUAGAUUAAACUAAACCAUGAAGCUGAGUACGCGAAACGGUGUAUCCAUUCAUAAUGCCUCGUCCCCUUGCUUAACACUAAUCAGCGCCAAUCAUAAACACUUUGUUUAUUUAAAUUUUAACAUGCACGCUUGAUUGCUUAUCAUUUUGCAUUAAUAUUUUGCCUAGCAUCAGUCUGUCAACGCACGCCGAGACACCAAAACGUUGCCAGUAUUUUGAAUCGGUCGCUUAUUUCCGCGUGGAAAUCUCAGCCGGAAAAUCGAUUUUCCCAACAGUCUCGUGUACACUGUGACCGACCGGUUUGCCUUUUGUGUGUGCGCGAUACAUUUACAGGGGUUUCUUUGAUUUUCAAAAUUUUAAGAUGCUGACAGCCCAUCGAGCCAAUUAAAAACAUCGAUACGUAUACAGUAGAUGUAUAUGCCUGUGUCCUGACUUACUUGUUUUGACAAUAAUAUAUUAAUACUAAUUUUUAAUAAACAUGAACACAGAUGCAGAAAAUCAAGAAGCCCCAUUACCUGAUAUUAAAAAAAUAAAAGUUUAUAAAAUACGAUGGUUAAUUUUGGGCAUUUUUGUAAUGUUCUCAGCCUCAAACGCUCUCCAAUGGAUUCAGUAUUCCAUUAUAACAAGCACAAUAACAAAGUAUUAUAACAUUAGUGCCACAUGGGUCAAUUGGACUUCCAUGAUAUUUAUGUGUUUGUACAUUCCAUUUAUUUUCCCCGGAAGUUACUUGUUGGAUAGAUUGGGUCUAAGAAAUGCAAUUAUAAUAGGUACUUUUGGUACCUGCGCAGGCUCAUGGAUAAAACUUUGUUCCGUCGACCCAUCCAGAUUUUGGGUUGGUUUCCUUGGGCAAAGCAUUGUUGCCUUAUCUCAGGUCUUCAUUCUUUCUCUUCCUGCAAGAUUAGCAGCAGUAUGGUUUGGACCAUCGCAAGUAUCUUCAGCUUGCAGUAUAGGAGUAUUUGGAAAUCAGCUUGGUGUUGCUGUAGGAUUUCUUCUUCCAACAAUGAUGGUCGAUGGUACAAGAAGCACAGAAUUGAUUACGAAAGAUUUAUUUUCGAUGUUCCUAUGUGUUGCAAUACUUACUUCAGUCAUUUUAAUUCUAGUCCUAAUAUUUUUCAAAGAUGCUCCUCCAACUCCUCCAAGUUAUGCUCAAGCCCAACAAGAUGAACAAAUAGAUUUUGUAAAAUCUUUGAAAAACCUUAUACUUAACAGGUCCUACAUGUUUCUUCUUCUGGCGUAUGGUAUAAAUGUUGGAAUAUUUUAUGCAAUUUCUACUCUACUUGAACAAAUCAUCUUAAAAUAUUACCCGAAUGGAACCGAAGACUCCGGAAGAAUAGGUUUGGUAAUAGUUUUGGCUGGUAUGGUUGGUUCAGUUUGUUGUGGAAUUGUUUUGGACAAAUAUCAUAGAUUCAAAGAAACAACCCUGGCUGUUUAUGCCUUUUCCUUGAUUGGAAUGGUCGUGUACACCUUUACUAUAUCUGAAGGAAUAAUCGUGGUUUAUUUGGUAUCAGCAUUUCUAGGCUUCUUCAUGACUGGACUCCUUCCUGUCGGCUUCGAAUUGGCUGCAGAACUAACUUAUCCUGAACCGGAAGGAACAUCUUCAGGUCUUUUAAAUGCUGCUUCUCAGGUAUUUGGCAUUGCCUUUACCAGUCUGUACUCAGUCAUAUUGGAAAAUGUUAACGAAGUUUGGGCAAAUGCAACAAUGUGUGUCAUGCUUUUAAUCGGAACGAUUUUAACAGCCUUUAUUGGCAAAGACAUGAGAAGGCAGGCGGCUCAUUUGGAAAAAUAAGAAUUGUUAACCAUUUGUUACUGUUAUUUGUAAAAAAAAGAGUAACAAUAACAGUUACUGUUGUUCGUACAGUUUAAAGUAUUUAUUUUCUAAUACUAGUCAGAAUAUUAAUGUUAAACAUUUUUAAAUGUGAUUUACAAUAAUCAGUGUAAGAAUAAUUUAUUAAAAUUUAAAUAUAUCUUUGUAUAUAUAUAUAUAUACACAGCAAAAGAAUAUUUGCUAGAAAUUGAA